AUGACGAGGUUUCAGGUUGUUCCCUACUAUUACACCUUCACGGCAUUUUGCAAACGGCGGUGGGUUGGAAAAAAGCUCUUCGACAUUCUUGCCAGCGAGUUCAAUUUCGACAACGAAGAAAUGAUUAAACAUCGUAUAACUAAUGGUCAGAUCAAGGUCAACAGCAGUCCCGUAGGACUUGACUACACGUUGCGAGACUCGGACCUUGUGGAGCACCAUGUGCACCGACAUGAACUGCCGGUUCUAGACGAAGAGAUUAAAACCGUCUUCGAGGACGAUCAACUUCUUGUCGUAAACAAACCCUCUUCGCUUCCUGUACACCCCUGCGGUCAGUUCCAUCACAACACACUCGCAAAAAUCCUGUACAACGAGAAGAACAUUUCAAAUCUCCAUGUCAUUCAUCGACUUGACAGGUGGGUUUUCCUGAUUUUGUGA